GGACGCAGAGUAAAAAAUUCAAAGUCCUCCACAACUGCUCUUAAUUUUUUAUUUCGUUUGAUUAAUACGUACAAUUACACUACAGAAAUGAGAUCUCUUUUAUAACACUGAUUAAUUAAUUAUCGUCACCAGUGUGUUUUUUCUCUCGUAAUUAGUGUUUGCGCGACUUUAGAGGUUUUGGAGCGGAGUUGAUUCGAGUUUGUUGCGGUAUCUGGAUCGCGGAGUGUUGUGAUUUAGUUUACGAGGCGGAAUUGUAUCGAGCUUGAGCUUUAAUUUGGAGCUAUGGCUCGAACAAUCACUGUGUAUCUUUACAUUCCCAAUAUCAUUGGAUACAUAAGAAUUUUGAUGAAUAUAUUUGCGUUUGCCAUAUGCUUUUCUGACAGAAAGCUUUUCUCACUUCUCUACUUCAUCAGCUUUGUAUGUGAUGCACUGGAUGGUUGGUUUGCCCGCAAAUUUAACCAAGUUUCUACCUUUGGAGCUGUUUUGGAUAUGGUAACAGAUAGGAUUAGUACAGCUUGCCUACUAGUUAUUCUCUCACAGGUCUACAGGCCUGGCUUUGUUUUCAUGUCAUUGCUUGCUCUAGAUAUCGCAAGCCAUUGGUUGCAAAUGUAUAGUACUUUCUUGGUGGGAAAAGCUAGCCAUAAAGAUGUCAAAGACAGCACUAGUUGGCUAUUUAGGGCAUACUACAGACAUAGGAUGUUCAUGGCUUAUUGCUGUGUUGCCUGUGAAGCUCUUUACAUAACAUUGUUCCUUCUCGCGAACAACCAGACUGAAAAUAUAACUGAAGUACUUGUGGGUGCCGCUCAACAAAGUUUACUAAACUCCAUUCUUCUGGGGUUUCUUCUAUUUGGAUGGGCAAUUAAGCAAUCCAUCAAUGUCAUACAGAUGAAGACCGCUGCUGAUUUAUGUGUCCUUUACGAUAUCAACAAGAAACAGAAGGACUAGUUUGGGAUUUGAGAAGGUUGCUCUGCAAUGUACUUUACUAUUUGGUACUUACCUUGGUCACUCGAGUUUCCACUCAGUUAAACAUAGACGGGGUUCCAGUUGUACCUGCUUUGCAUGAAAGUGGCUGUACUUGUGUAUAUUUGGUAAAUCUGGCUUGCUGGUGUAUCAUACUCUCUCCUACUGUCAAGUUUUGUCAUGAUUAUCUGCACGUCAGAGUUGUCAGGAAUAUAUUUCUUGUAUAGCCAAGGAUUACUCAUUACAGCAUUUUGGAAGGAAUUACAUGAUAAUCUGGAUGUUUAAAAUUAGUGGAUGAAAAAUGAAUUUCUAAUCCUUCAUUGUCGUCAUCGUCGUAGUCUUAUGGAAAUGUAUCAUUUUUCCUUGUU